UAAGAUGGCGUCCGCAGCGGAGGGGGACGUGGGGACGGCGGGGGAGUUCGUGAGGGGGCUGCAGUCGGGUUUCGAGGAGCUGAGCCUGAACAAGUUGGCGGCGUCCCUGGGCGCGUCAGAACAGGCGCUGCGGCUCAUCAUCUCCAUCUUCCUGGGUUACCCCUUCGCCUUGUUUUACCGGCAUUACCUUUUCUACAAGGAGAGCUACCUCAUCCAUCUCUACCACACCUUCACCGGCCUCUCCAUUGCCUAUUUUAACUUUGGAUCCCAGUUCUACCACUCCCUGCUAUGUAUCGUGCUGCAGUUCCUCAUCCUGCGCCUCAUGGGCCGCACCAUCACUGCCGUGCUCACCACCUUCUGUGUCCAGAUGGCCUACCUUCUCGCAGGGUAUUAUUACACGGCCACUGGCAACUACGACAUCAAGUGGACAAUGCCUCACUGCGUCCUGACCUUGAAGCUGAUCGGUCUGGCCAUCGACUACUUUGACGGAGGGAAGCUGCAGAGCUCCUUGUCCUCGGAGCAACAGAAAUAUGCCAUUCGGGGUGUCCCUUCCCUGCUGGAAGUUGCUGGUUUCUCCUACUUCUAUGGGGCCUUCUUGGUAGGGCCCCAGUUCUCAAUGAACCACUACAUGAAGCUGGUGCAGGGACAGCUGACUGACAUACCAGGGAAGAUACCAAACAGCACCGUGCCUGCUCUCAAACGCCUCAGUCUGGGCCUCGUCUACCUGGUGGGCUACACUCUGCUCAGCCCCCACAUCACAGAAGACUAUCUCAUCACCGAGGACUAUGACAACCACGCAUUCUGGUUCCGCUGUAUGUACAUGCUGGUCUGGGGCAAAUUCGUGCUGUACAAGUACGUCACCUGUUGGUUGGUCACGGAAGGAGUAUGCAUUUUGACAGGGCUGGGCUUCAAUGGCUUCGAAGACGGCAAGCCCAGGUGGGAUGCCUGUGCAAACAUGAAGGUGUGGCUCUUUGAAACCACCCCCCGCUUCACGGGCACCAUCGCCUCCUUCAACAUCAACACCAAUGCCUGGGUGUCCCGUUACUUAUAUAAACGCCUCAAGUUCCUUGGAAGCAAGCAGAUCUCCCAGGGACUCUCCUUGCUGUUCCUGGCCCUUUGGCACGGCCUGCAUUCAGGAUACCUGGUCUGCUUUCAGAUGGAAUUCCUCAUUGUUAUUGUGGAGAGACAGGCGGAGAGCCUGAUCAGGAACAGCCCGGCCCUGAGCCACCUGGCCUCCAUCACAGCCCUCCAGCCCUUCUUCUACUUGGUGCAACAGACCAUCCACUGGCUCUUCAUGGGAUACUCCAUGACAGCCUUCUGCCUCUUCACGUGGGACAAGUGGAUGAAGGUGUAUAGGUCCGUCUACUUUCUCGGCCACGUCUUUUUCCUGAGUCUACUCUUCAUACUGUCUUACGUUAACAAAGUAAUGGUGCCAAGGAAAGAGAAGCUGAAGAAAAUGGAGUAACCUAAUUGCCUGGUGGCCUAGAGCAGGACUGGUGGUCUCCCCCCACAGCACUCCCACGCCCCACAGCACAGACCACAGGAAAGCCAGGAGCUGGAAGCCGUGGUCCUCUCAGCCGUGCCUCUGCUGCUAGCCAAGUCUUCAUCUGGGGCCAAAGGGGACACUCUCGUGGGAGGAGCUGAGGGGCCGGGUCUCCCCUCUCGGCUCCCCCAUGCACGUGGCCUUAUCUUCCCCUCUAGCCAGGAAUCUGUUGUUUUUCUUCUGCCAAUUUACUAUGAUUGUAUAAGUGCCGCUCCCACUGCCCCCCCUAUGGGGGGGAGGGGCACAUGGCCCUGCCUGCUCCACUUUUUCUACCUUGGAACUGUACCAGAUAAAAUCACUUCUGUUCAGUUUUUCA